GUUUAGUUCUGGCAACUGUUAUCCAAACCAAAAGGUACUUUUUGAUUGACAAUGGAACCACCUCCUGAAGCAGAAGAACCCCCACUGCAAUGCACAACUACAGCAUCGGUGACACCAAAGAUUGAAGAACCUCAAGUUACCUCUGAAAACCCACAAGGUGGGGACCUUGUGGAGAUACAAGGGGUUGAAGAUCCCCAAGAUUCCCUUGAAGACCCAGUGAAGACUGCAAACGUGGUUUGCUUAGAUAACUCCCAGGAACCCUCUGUAGAAAGUUUAAGUGAAAGCCACCAGCAGCCAUCUGAUGAUAAGCCCACUGCAGAUGAUUCAAGCAGUGCACAAAACCCACAACAACCCCCUGAAGAACCGGAGACCGCGAGCGUUGCAGAAGCUACCGAUAAUUUGCAACGACCUCCAGAUAUUGUUGGUGUUACUAUGAAGAUUGAAAACCCAAUAAUUGACACGGAUAACUCAACAAGCCAACCUGAAGAUAAUGUGGCUAAUAAUUCUUUGGAAAAAGAAGAAACGUCUAAACCCCCUGACGUAGUGAUGUCUACUAAUGAAACGAAACAACCCACGGAAUCAAAAAGUGAAAUAGAAACACCAAAGAUAGAAACGACAGCAAACGAACAGGAUUUAUCUGAAACUACAGAACAGAAGCCCGAAAAGAACCCGGAAAAUAUUGCGGACGUCCAAGUGGCGUCGAGAUCGAACAUCCAACCAGAAGUAUGUGCAGCCACUGCAUCAAAAAGAAAAAAGAAACGGUCAAAGGACCAAAGACCAACUAGCACAAGAAAGAAGGAACCAUCGACGCGGGCGAAAAUUGCCAGUAUCAUUAAAGCCUGGAAGAAAGGACAGAGAAGGCGCCGAGCCAGGGAACGCAUGACUAGGAGUUUAGUCCGAAAAAUGUUGGGGCCCGGCUUUUGGCGAGACGUGACCGCAUCGGAUCUGACAGAGGCGAGUGCGUCUGCGGUGCGACAUGCAGCACCAACAUCUACGAUAACUAGACCUUAUCCUUCUCCUCCUCCACCUCCUCCUCCUCCAGAAGAGCAUUACUAUGCAAUGAUGCGUCCAAGAUCACCUAUUUAUCAGCCAUACGAUUAUUCACAAGCCCAUUGUAGUAGAACAAUGCCACCGUAUGCUACACCCAUAUCAAAUGAACCACUCUGUUUAAAAGCUUCAACAUCGACAAGCAUGGACAGACCUAGCACCUCAUCUGCAUUUACUGCUCUAAGACCAGGCUCUGUGAGCGAGGUGAUAGUUUUAGAUGAUGACUCAUCGGAUUCAGAAAAAUAUACGCCAAAUAUAGGAGGAAGAAUAAAAUAUACGCCACCGUAUGAAAUGGCAGAAGAUAUGAGGAAAAUAGACAGAGCAAAAGAUAAACGAAAGGCCCCUGAAAAUCAAAAUGACCUACAACAAGAGCUUGAAAGGAACAAAAAGCUGCGAGAUAUGGUGAAUAAGGAAAUGGAGCCCCAUUUACAUACGCCAGUACAGACGCUCGGAGCUGCCGGUAUAUGCGGCAUUUUUACCACACCCCUACCUUCUCUGAUGGAGGAGGAUGGUUGACAGGAGAUUCAGGAUCUGUCGAGGACUGGCAGACAACGGCAUAGUUCCGGUCGGCGAUACCGUGACGAUAAUACUGAUACUGAUAGUUCGGAUGGACUUUAAAUAUUGUUUCUUUAUUUGAUUAUUUUAAACUGUCUUUUUAUGAGAUUUAUUUUUAAACGACUGUAGGAUGAAAAUAUACAUUUAUUUAGUUUGCUUUUAACUUUUUUGAGUACAAUUAGCACAAAGAGUGUCGUUUUAUUUACAAAUUCGUUUAUAGUGUACGAAAUUACAGUAAUUACAUUUUUCACGAGUUCCACUGCGUUAAAACACUUAUGAAACUGUUUAAUAGAAUAAAUGAAGAGAUCAAUGACUUAUUAAGCAAAGAGAUUCUGUCCUCAUCGAUUUUUGAAAUGUUUAACAUUACCGAAUUUAAUUUUUAUUAUCAUCAGCUCAAUUAUAAUUUAAGCUGAAAAAAGUAACUUAAAGGGUUUACCCGUUAAUUAGAGCUUAUUAUCUCUUGUGAUUGCUUUACAAAGGUAAUAUUAAAAUGGUAAGUAGGAAGACGUCAUCAAUUGUAUUGUAUCGGAUUUAAAUAUGGGUUACAAAUAAAAUAUUUGUCUCCUAUACUGUUCAAAAUGACUGUCAUAUACUUAUUUUGUACUUUCUAUUGUGGCAAUGUCAUUUAACGUGCCAAUCGUUGAAUAAAUUAUUUGGAAACAAUUUUUGGUCCAAUUUUGAUGAAUAAUGUAUGAACAUCAUAAAGAUUUCGAAGCAAGAAUAAUGUCAGAGGUGUUUUGACAACAUUGGAUUUUACUUUAUAUCGAUGUUUAGUAAUUAGGUUAGUGAUAAAACAUUAUGAAAUAUACAACUGUUGGUAGUUUUGGAAACGUGUUGUUUCAAACUGGACUGCUGUACGUAUUUACAGUAUGCUUAGUAUUAAAUAAUUAAUAAUGUAAGUACAAUCGACUAUAUUAACACCCUAGGGAGUCAGACGUCACCUAAUAUUUAGCGAUGUGCAAACGAAUUGAGAUUUAUCAUAUGUAAUUUGACGAUGGUAAAUACAUACAAUGUUUAAUGUUGUAUUAUAAAAUAUGUAGUAAUUUUCAGAUAUUUCGCUUAUUGUAUUGAAAUGAUCUGAUUGAGUGGAGACUGACCUCCGUAAAACAGGUAAUCGUAAAGAUUGAUGAUCAAUGUAUUAGUUAAGUAUAUUACGCACAUAAAAUAUUUUGUAGGUGUAUUUGUAUAGGUCUACAAAAGGGACUAGUUUACCUGCUCUUGUGACUUAUAUAUAUUUCGUCUAGGCGUAGAAAGGAGCAUUGAGUAUUGAAGGAAAUAAUUCCUUCAAUGAUAUUCUUCUGAUAUUAUUAUGGGGUGCAGGACCCAAACCUGUUUGUUCGUAUCCUACUCUGGGACAUUUGGGAUAUAAUUAUCUCAAUAUUUUCUUAGUUGUUCGAUGUAUACCAAAAAAGAAAGAAAAUUUACAUUCAAAUACUAUUUUUAUGGAAUUAACUGACAUGAUGAUAAUAAUUAUUUACUUAAGUAUAAGACACUUUUAUCUUAGCAACAUUCAAGUUAUAUCAAUUUUGCAAUUUAAGUAGAAUUUAGUCUAGACACCCUGUGACAAUGCACAUGUUACAAAACUUUCGAGUAAUAUAUUAACCAUAGUUGUAUAAGAUUGUAAUGGUCGGUUUCACUUAAGAUAUGUAUGUGUCUAUCAGAGGAAAUGCACAAUGAAGCUCCGAUCUAAUUAUCUAUCUGGCUCUUUGACAAAAUCUUGUGAAACUGGCCCCAAAUGAUUUAGAAAGAAUCUGUAUUUGAUAGUAUUAAAACACAAAAUAACACAAUAAUAAUAAUCGAAUAUUUUUGUCUCGUAUACAUGUCGUGUUCUAG